UUUAAUCUGGCCUCCUCCCCACUAUACUGUCACUUCAGCAUCUCGAGGUCUGAGCAGUCAGGGUUCCACACAGCUGUGAGAUUAUGGCACCAGCAAAAAAGGGCAUCCUUGAACGUCUCAGUGCUGGUGAGGUGGUGAUUGGUGAUGGAGGAUUUGUGUUUGCUCUGGAGAAGAGGGGGUACGUGAAGGCCGGACCAUGGACCCCUGAAGCUACUGUACAGUACCCUGAUGCAGUGCGACAGCUGCACAGGGAGUUCCUGAGAGCCGGGUCCAACGUUAUGCAGACCUUCACAUUCUACGCCAGUGAUGACAAACUUGAGAACAGAGGCAACAACCUCAAACUGACUGGAGCUCAGAUCAAUGAGGCUGCCUGUGAUUUAGCCCGUGAGGUUGCCAAUGAGGGUGAUGCUCUUGUUGCUGGAGGAGUGUCCCAAACUCCAUCUUACUUGAGCUGCAAGAGCGAGGCAGAUGUGAAGGCCAUCUUCAGAAAACAGUUGGAUGUGUUCAUCAAGAAAAAUGUGGACUUCCUGAUUGCUGAGUACUUUGAGCAUGUUGAAGAGGCCGUGUGGGCUGUGGAGGUGAUGAAGGAGACAGGGAAGCCUGUGGCUGCUUCUCUGUGUAUUGGACCAAAGGGGGACAUGCACGGUGUCUCACCCGGAGAGUGUGCAGUCAGGCUGGUCAAAGCCGGUGCCCAGAUUGUGGGAGUCAACUGUCACUUUGACCCCAUGACCUGUGUGGAGACCGUGAAGCUGAUGAAGGAGGGAGUGGAGAAGGCUGGUCUGAAGGCUCACUACAUGGUUCAGCCGCUGGCAUUCCACACUCCUGACUGCAACUGCCAGGGAUUUAUUGACCUGCCAGAGUUCCCCUUCGGCCUGGAGCCCAGGAUUCUGACUCGCUGGGACAUGCACAAGUAUGCAAGAGAAGCUUACAAUGCUGGCAUUCGCUUCAUUGGUGGCUGCUGUGGCUUUGAGGCUUAUCACAUUAGGGCUAUAGCAGAGGAACUGGCACCUGAGAGAGGCUUCCUUCCAAGUGCAUCAGAGAAACAUGGCUCCUGGGGUGCUGGUCUGGAAAUGCACACCAAGCCUUGGGUCAGAGCCAGAGCCCGACGUGAUUACUGGGAGAACCUGAAGCCAGCCUCCGGUCGUCCCCAGUGUCCCUCCAUGUCUGUCCCUGAUUCUUGGGGUGUUACCAAGGGCCAUGCUGAUUUGAUGCAGCAGAAAGAGGCGACCUCUAAACAAGAACUCGAACAGCUGUUUGACAAAUCAAAAACCCACUGAGUCAGUCUGUUUCAGACUCAGCAGCCAACAUAAACGGAACAGCUGCGUACAGAGCUACCGAUGUGCAGCAGUCCAUAGUAUCUAUAUACAGUGCUUCAUCUAACAAACAUAGUGUCAGUUGUCGUGACAUUAGCACUGUUAUGUGUAUCUUUAGACUGUAAAACCGGGGCCACAGCGUCUCAAAAGUGGGAGCUGACCCAGUAAACCCAGUCAAAGUGACCAGUUUGGUUUCUCCGACCCUGGACCACUUUGUUUAAUAUCUAAUAAAAAAGAUAAAAUACAAA